AGGAUGGUGCCCGUGCUCAUUAGCUAGCGAGAGAGUCCUCCUCUCCUCUCGCCUUCUCCAACCCUUCUUCCAUCUCUGGACCACACAGGCUUAAUAGACCAAGCCAACACCCAAACUCUAAUAAGCCCUGUUCCUUUUCUCUCUCCCUCCGUCGCACUUCUUCUUUCUUUUGUGUGUGUGAGUGUGAGUGUGUGUGUGUGAGGAGAUAUUAUAUUGCAGGACACCAAGUUAUCUCCAGCGACAAGAUCUGGUUGCUGGGGGUGCGACGUCGUCAGAGAUGAGUAAGGAGGAAGUGCUCAAGAUACAGACUUGCGUGCUCAAAGUGAACAUCCACUGUGAUGGCUGCCAGAAGAAGGUCAAGAAGAUCCUGCACAAGAUUGAAGGGGUCUACCAAUCCAGCAUAGACCCGGAGCAGGGGAAGGUGACGGUGUCUGGCAUGGUGGAUCCGGACACCAUCAUCAAGAAGCUGACCAAGGCUGGCAAGCCAGCCCAACUCUGGGGGUCAAAGGCUGGCAUGGCUAACCAGUUUCAGAAGCUCCACCUUGAUGGUGGUGGCAAGGGCCAGGCCAAGGACGCCGGUGGCAAGGGCCAGCCCAAGGACGCCGGCGGUGCCAAGGGCCAGAAGGGCGGAGGCGGCGGCGGCGGCGCCGGAGGUGGUGGCAAGGACGCAAAGAUGAUGAUGCCGCAGCCGACGGCGCAGCAGCUUCAGCAGCUGCAACAGCAGAUGCAGAUGAAGGGACUGAAGCUGCCGCAGUUCAUGGACGGGAAGAUGCCGUUCGCGGCGGCCGCGCCCGUCAAGGACCCCAAGUCCGUCAAGUUCAACCUCCCCCCAGAGGAUGAGUUUGGGGACGACGGCAGCGAGUUCGACGACGACUUCGACGACUUCGACGACGAGGAUGAUUUUGACGAUGACGGCCUCGACGACGAUUACUUGGACGACCCCAAGAUGAUGAUGAAGCCGAUGGCUAUGCCACCGAACGCCGGUGGGGGAGACAAGAAGGGCGGCAACAAUGGUGCCAAGAAGGGUGGCAACGAGAUCCCCGUGCAGAUCAAGGGGAACCCCAACAACGGCGGUGGCGGUGGCGGUGGCGGUGGCAAGAAAGACGCAGGUGGCAAGCAGAACCAAGGUGGCGGGGGCGGCAACGGCAACGGCGGUGGCAAAAAUGGAGGUGGUGGCCAGCCGAACAACGGCAAAGGAGGAGGAGGCGGAGGCGGAGGAGGAGCCCCCGGCCAACCUGGGAAGAAGGGCGGCGGCGGUGGCCCCGGCCUCGGUGUCGGUGGACCGAUGGGCAUGCCGCCGCAGCAGCAGGCCAUGAUGAGGCCUAACAUGAUGGGCGCUGCCGGCUUUCCUGGUAUGGGCCCGAUGGGAGGGCCCAUGGGCCACCACCCCCACAUGGGAGGCGCGCAGGGCGGUGGCGGAGCCGCUCAUGGCAUGCCGGCCGGUGGCAUGCCUCCACCUGGGUUCUACCAGGGAGCCGCGGGCGGCGGCGGCGGCAUGCCGUCCGGUCCCGCCGAGAUGCUGCAGGCCGCUGGGGCGGGCGGGAACCCCAUGGCGCAGCAGCAGUACAUGGCCAUGAUGAUGAUGCAGCAGCAGCAGCAGCAGGCGAUGAUGAACGGGCACGGCCACGGCCACGGUGGUGGCGCUCCGGCGGGGUACCCGGCGAUGCCGAUGGGGUACGGGUACGGGCGGCCGCCUAUGCCGUACCCAAUGGCGUACCCGAUGCCGAUGCCGAUGCAGCCGCACCCACACGCGGACCCUUACAACUACUUCAGCGACGAGAACCCCAACAGCUGCUCGGUGAUGUGAGAGGAGAUGGAUGGUGGCUGCCGCCGCUGUCCCAGUGCAGUGGCCGGUGGUUGCUUUCCUUUCUCUUCUCUCCUCGCUGCCGCCGCUCUGUUCAAAGCCAGCCAACCAACCAACCUACCGGUACCGGAAGGAACUCUCUCAGUCAGGUGCUCGAUCGUCGUCGUCGUCGUCCAUCAUGAUCAUGGUCAUGGUGCGAAAGACCCUGCCUGCCUGGAUCGAUCAGUCAGUCAGUAUACAUGGGAAACGAGUCCCAUCUCAUCUAGCUCGCUCCUUUAUUUUCUCUUUCUCUCUUAUUAUUACUUAGCUUAUUUUCACCCUUUCUUCUUCUUAAAAAAAAAAACUGAACUUCCUUGAAGGCGAAGGUAGGUAUAGUAAUCUAUAGUUGUCAUAAGAGAUGAUGGUGCUUUUUUUAUAAUUCGGGACAAGAAGGUGGUGGUUUCCUUCUUGCAUGCAUGCCA